AUGAAGCCGUCGUACGCUCCGCUUGGCCGGCACGAGGCCGCGCGCCCGCAGUACGAGAGCGUCGACUUCGUUCCGUACGACUCGCCGGGCCAUUUGCACUCGCCUGCGUGCUACAGCGAUGGCAACUGCCAGGAGUGCCAGCUGCAGCAGUACCCGCGGCCCACAACGGCCACGUCGCUCAUUUCAUCGUUCCUUGGCCACGAGACGACGGGCGCGUUCCUGAAAUGGUGCCUCAGCUUUGUCAUUGGCGUCAUCACGGCCUACAUUGCCAUUUUCAUCUCGACCGGGACCGGCUCGAUCGUCAACUGGAAGUACACGCAGCUGAAAGGCGUCCUCGAGCACGAAAAGAGUGGGCUAACAUUUACCGGCGCCGGGCUCGUCUUCCUCGUCCUCUUUAAUGCGAUGCUCGUGGGAGUUGCGAGCACGGUCAUUCUGUACUUUGCGCCGUCCGCCGCCGGGUCGGGCAUCCCUGAAACCAAGAGCACGCUCAAUGGCGUCCUCGUCAAAGCGUGGAUGAGCCCAUCGACGCUCAUCUGCAAGACCAUGGGCAUCAUGAUGUCGGUGGGUGGCGGGCUACCGGUCGGCCGCGAAGGGCCGCUUAUUCACAUUGGUGCGAUCGUGGCCUCGACGUUGACGUCCAAGCGCACGUACCAGUGCUAUCAGUCGGCGCGGGUACACCUCUAUCGAAUAACGCUGCUUCGAGAAAAGGACGUUCGGGACCUCGUCACGUGCGGUGCAGCGGCGGGCGUCGCGGCCGCGUUUGGAGCGCCCAUCGGCGGCGUUCUCUUUGCCCUUGAAGAAGGCGCGUCGUUCCUCUCGCCCAAGCUCAUUUGGCGCGCGUUCUUUUGCGCGAUGACGGCCGCCUUUGUCGGGUUUGGCACCAAUGUCUUUGUCGGCGGCUCGUUCAACGAGGAGGCGAAGAAGUCGGUGCUCUUCUCGUUUGGCAAGAUGUCGGACCCAAGU